AUGCGAACAAUGCUAUUCAUUGGAAUUAUUUUCGGGAUUAUUGGUUUAAUUAGUGCAAUGUCAGUGAAUAAAGAUCGAAUUGAAUUAUCUAAACAAUCUGCUAAUGAACAACUUGCACCAUCAAUGAAAAUCGAUGAAGUUAUGAAUCAUUUGAAUGAAUUACAGAAAAUUGCAAUGGCUACAACUGGAAAAAAUCGAGCAGUUGGCACAAUUGGUUUUAAUAAUACUCUUGACUAUAUCGAGAAUUCUCUUACUGCAAAUACAAAUUUUAAAGUAUUGAGACGUUAUUUUAAAAGAGGAACUUUCUCACUUCAACGUAAUCCAACAUUAAUAUCAACAAUUAAUGGAGUUGCUAAAACACAUACUUAUUCAACUUCAGGAGAAUUCUAUCAUGUUCAAUAUUCAACAUCAGUUACUCUUAAUGAAAAUGUUCUUCUCACAGCUAUUCCUAAUUUAGGUUGUUCUGAUGAAGAUUGGCUUGCAGCACGUCCACCACCUGCUGGUCUUGUAGUUCUUGUUAAACGAGGUGAUUGUACUUUUGUAGAAAAAGCUCGUCUUGCUGAGAAAUAUAAAGUUGCCGCAUUAUUAUUCUAUAACAAUGGACAAGCUGGUGAUGGUAGUCAACCUAUUUAUGUCAAUAUCGGUACAGGUAGUAAUAUACCAGCAUUAUUUCUAUCAAAUACUCUUGGUACAACACUCGUCAAUGCAGCCAAUGAUCCAUCAAGAAUGGCUACUGUUCGUCUUACUAUUGCAACAGCUCCAUUGGUUCCUAUAGGAAAUAUUUGUGCUGCAACAUUAACAGGUGAUCCUACACAAACAAUUCUAAUUGGAAGUCAUACUGAUAGUGUUCCUGCUGGUCCAGGUAUCAAUGAUAAUGGUAGUGGUACUGCAGUUAAUCUUGCUUUAGCUGCUACUCUAUAUCGUCUUAUGCAAACAUCAACUUAUGAUGCUUAUAAAUAUCGUGUUCAAUUUUGUUUUUGGGGUGGUGAAGAAUUAGGUCUUCUUGGUUCUGCUUUUCAUGCUGCAGAAGCAAAAACUUCAACUGUAGUUGGUGAACGUAUUUCAGAUUAUCUCAUCAAUAUUAAUUUAGAUAUGGUAGGAUCACCUAAUUUCAUAUUUGGUAUAUAUGAUGGAAGAACAGCUCCAUCAAAUACACCAGCUGCUGCUAGACCAGGAAGUCUAAAAAUAUCAACAUUAUUUCAAACUUUAUUCAAUCAAAAUAAAUUACCAUGGGAUCAUUCAGCAUUUGAUGGUCGAAGUGAUUAUGGACCAUUCUUAGCUGCUGGUGUUGUAGCAGGUGGUCUUUUUACAGGUGCAGAUGCAUUGAAAACAGUAGAACAACGUAAUCGUUACAAUUCAAUGCUCGGUUCAAAUCUUGGUGGAACAUCAGGUAUUCGACAAGAUAGAUGUUAUCAUUUAGCAUGUGAUACUACAACUAAUAUCAAUCAAUUUGCUCUUGAUAUAAUGAUGCAAGCAGCUGCAUAUUCAGUUGAAAGUAUGGGACAACAAUCUGAUUUAAAAAGUUGGUUAUAUCCAGCUCGAGAAAUUCAAGAAUUCAAUAAACAAACACAACAAACAAAAUAUGAAUAUAAUAAUAUUAAUGAAUAUUUUGGAAUGCCUUAUAAUUAA